AACCGCCGGGCAUCCGGGCGAUGUGGGGGCGCAGAGCUGACCAGCGGACCGGUUAGCCCUGUGGUGGGACGGGUUCGGGGACCCGAGUGAAGGUUCCACUCCUGGCCUUCAGCAGGGGUCAGGACGAAAGCACCUACAGCAAGGGGGAGCAAAGCCGGGCCCGGCCCGAGGCCCCCAGGACCUCCAUUUCCCAAUGCCGGAGGUAGGAGGCGUCAUACCUCCGGCGCGCUGGGUGGCAGACUACCGUCCAGCCCAAGAGUAGGUGGGGGCCAGCUGGAUUCCUGGAGCUCUGAUCUGUACAACCCUGGGGGCUCCGGCCCAUAUCCCACUACCCUAGUCUCGCUAAUUAAGAGCUCAAGCUCUUGAACCAGACGAAGGUCUAAAUCUGGUCGUUUAAUAAAGCCUACCAGGGUGUGUGACCGCGAACAAGUCAUUUAACCUCACUUUCCCUACUUACAAAAUAGAUAGGCUAGUCCCUAAGGUUAAGUGCAUGAACCAUGAGGACAGAUUGUCUAGUUCUGAUUCCACCUCUACUAAAUUAGUUAUGUGACCUUGGACAGGCUACUUAAUGUUUCCGUCCCUCAAUUUUCUCGUCUGUAAAAAGCAAAUGAUAAUUAUCUACCUUAUGAAGUUGUUUGAAGACUAAAUGAUGUGUGUACUGCCUAGCAAAAUACCUGAUGCAUAGCCCUCAAUAAGUGUCAAGCAGAAUUAUUGUUGUUGUUAUUACUUUUAUUAUUACCCUGGUCCUCACAUCCCACACCUGGGACUGUGAAGGCAGGAGUAAUGGAAAUUCACAAAUUCCUACUAAGCCUGGGCACCCAGCUGCUGUCCUUGACCCCUCUUUGUGCAGGCCGGCAGGGGUAAAUUGAAAAGGAGUGCACAUCCAGAGAAGAUGGAAUAUCCCGGGUGGUGUUUAAAUAGGGCUCUCCAGGAAAAAAAAAGAUACGUUUUGUAACCUACCUCCCCACUGCCUCCCUUGCCCAUGACUGGGAUGAUCUUCCUGCAGUUCCCCUUGGUUCUGACCCUGUCUUAGCACCGCCCCCCCUCCGCCCCCCGUUCUGACAGUCAUCUAGAUUUAACCUGCCCUGGUGCUAGAGGCUGAGGAUUCGAGAUGCACAAGGCACCCCCAACCUUUAGGGAGCUCAGUCUAGUAGAGCACUGCUUCUCACUCUUGAAUGUGCUUACGAUCCCCUGGAAUCUGGUUAAAAUACAAAUUCUGGUUCUGUAAGUCUGAGGUGGGACCUGAGACUCUGCAGCUCUAACAAGCUCCCAGGUGUCGCUGAUAAAACUGGUUCAAGAUGUAGAGGAUUUUCCAAACUAGUAGAGUAGCCGGAGACUAAGCCAGGCUAGCUAACUGCCUGGCAACUUGAGGUGCUCUCCGCCCCUCCUUGCUCGCCGAAGUUUCCUCCCAGGAAUCCGCCACGUGACAGUUGGGCCGCCGUCUAAGCGCCAUGGCUCCCAAAAAGCCGCUCGGUCUUCCCUCCUUGCUGCUGCUGCCCCUGACGCUACUGCUGCCCCAGGCAGACAGUCGGUCGUUCGUAGUGGAUCGGGAUCAUGAUAGGUUCCUCCUGGACGGGGCUCCGUUCCGCUACGUGUCUGGCAGCCUUCACUACUUUCGGGUACCUCGGGUGCUUUGGGCAGACCGGCUUUUCAAAAUGAGAAUGAGUGGCCUCAACGCCAUACAGUUUUACGUGCCCUGGAACUACCAUGAGCCAGAGCCUGGGGUCUAUAACUUUAAUGGCAGCCGGGAUCUCAUUGCAUUUCUGAAUGAGGCAUCUUUAGCGAACCUGUUGGUCAUCCUGAGACCUGGACCUUACAUCUGUGCAGAGUGGGAGAUGGGGGGUCUCCCAGCCUGGUUGCUUCGUAAACCUAACAUUCGUCUGAGAACCUCAGAUCCAGACUUCCUUGCCGCAGUGGACUCCUGGUUCAAGGUCUUGCUGCCCAAGAUAUAUCCAUGGCUCUACCACAAUGGGGGCAACAUCAUUAGCAUUCAGGUGGAGAACGAAUACGGUAGCUAUAGGGCCUGCGACUUCAGCUACAUGAGGCACCUGGCUGGGCUCUUCCGGGCGCUGCUGGGAGAGAAGAUCUUGCUCUUUACCACGGAUGGGCCUGAAGGACUCAAAUGUGGCUCUCUGAAUGGACUCUACACCACUAUAGAUUUUGGCCCAGCUGAAAACAUGACCCAACUGUUUGCCCUGCAAAGGUUGUAUGAACCCCACGGGCCAUUGGUGAACUCGGAGUACUACACCGGCUGGCUGGAUUACUGGGGCCAGAACCACUCCACACGGUCUGUGAGAGCUGUAACUGUAGGACUGGAGAACAUGCUGAAGCUGGGAGCCAGUGUGAACAUGUACAUGUUUCAUGGAGGUACCAACUUUGGAUACUGGAAUGGUGCUGAUGAGAAGGGGCGCUUCCUUCCAAUUACCACCAGCUAUGACUAUGAUGCACCAAUAUCUGAAGCAGGGGACGCCACACCUAAGCUUUUUGCUCUUCGAAAUGUCAUCAGCCAGUUUCAGGAAAUUCCCUUGGGACCUUUACCUCCCCCAAGCCCUAAGAUGAUGCUCGGACCUUUGACCCUGUACCUGGAUGGAUAUUUGCUGGAUUUUCUGCACUUCCUGUGCCCCCAAGGGCCCAUCUAUUCAAUGUUGCCAAUGACCUUUGAGGCUGUCAAGCAGGACCUUGGCUUCAUGUUGUACCGGACCCAUCUAAGCCACACUGUUUUUGAGCCAACACAAUUCUGGGUGCCGAACAAUGGAGUUCAUGACCGUGCCUACGUGAUGGUGGAUGGGGUGUUUCAGGGUGUUCUGGAACGAAACACAAAACACAAACUAUUUUUGACGGGGAAGAUGGGGGCCAAGCUGGAUGUCUUGCUGGAGAACAUGGGGAGGCUCAGUUUUGGGUCCAACAACAGUGACUUCAAGGGCCUAUUAGAGGCACCACUUCUGGGGCAAACGAUCCUUACCCAGUGGCUGAUGUUCCCUCUGAAAAUUGAUAAGCUGGUAAAGUGGUGGCUUCCCCUCCAGUUGCCAAAAAGCUUGCAUCCUCAAACUCCCUCCGGCCCCACCUUCUACUCUACAACAUUUUCAAUUUUAGACUCAGGUGGAGACACAUUUCUCUUUCUACCUGGAUGGACCAAGGGCCAAGUCUGGAUCAAUGGGUUUAACUUGGGCCGGUACUGGACAAAGAGGGGGCCACAACAGACCCUCUACGUGCCAAGACCCCUGCUGUUUCCUAGUGGAGCUCUCAACAAAAUCACAUUGCUGGAGCUAGAAAAUGUGCCUCCCGAACCCCAAAUCCAAUUCCUGGAUAGUCCUAUCCUCAAUAGCACCUUGCAUAAGACAUAUAUCUAUUCCCUCUCAGAUGACACACCAAGUGCCCCCCAACCAAUGGAGUUAAGUGGGCACUGAAAGAAAGGUAACCCCUGGACCUGGGACAUGGAGCGGGCAGGAUUCCUUGGCGUUGGCCACAGUGGCCAAAAAGAGCCAAAGGCCACCAGAACUGAACAAGUGCAGUUCCCUUACCAAAAACUUUAUUGUAAUUAAAGUUCCAGAGACAGUACCAGCUCCACACACCUCUGUGGCCAUCUCUGCCCUGGCUCCUGAGUGUCUCUCGCCCUAAUCUUCCAAAUACUCUGGCUUCUCGGGGAAGAAGCAGCCUAGGACCAGUGUGAACGUGCCCCCUCAGGGUCUAGCACUGACCCCAGGUGGAGCUACGAGAGGUCAGGAGGAGGGCUUCCCGGCCCGGCAGCGGUGCUCCUGCAGGCAGCGUGUGGAGCAGAAGGAGAAGUCAAGGUAGUGAAAGGGAAUGAGGCCUUGGAGGGAUGUCCCACAGCUCCAGCAGCGUCUGAACAGAGGAAGAAAAACGGAUGGACAGGUACCCCAGGAACUCUCCAAAUCAAGUUCUCUCCGUCCCUCUUGCCAUUUCUGUUUUCACUCCAGAGGUUCAAAGAACUCCUCAAAUCCCCUCAACAAGCUCUCUACGUAAGCACUCAUUCGACUCGCCCCAACAUUAUAGUCUACCCAUCACUCCCGCCUCUCCACAUACUGGGCAUUGGCGAUUGCAGAAUCAGGGAUCUGGGGGGCAGGGGCUCCCAACUGGGCAGCUAGUCGGCGCUCGGCAGCCAGAGCUCUCUAAGGGAGAGAGGAGUUGUGUUAAGGACAAGCCUCCAAGGGUGGACAGCGUACCCUACAAGUGACAGCUGCACACUGGAAAGGGAUUACACCUCCAAGGAAGUCUCGCGGUGGAAGAGAGGACCUCCGGCCUCACCUUCUCCCUGUCGCUCAGAGAGGCAAAUCGCCGCUGCUCCUCCUGUUCCCGCUCCUCCUGCUCCCGCUGCUUCCGCUGCUGCUCCUCCCGCUGCCGCCGGGCUGCCUUCUGCUCCCUUUUCCGCAUAGCCUGCCGUGCCUCCAUUUCUGGUGUCAGUGGCCCUGGCACCUGGAGGAUUUCCGGGAAAGUAUGAGGUAAGGCCUAUACAAACUACCCUUGGUAAAACAGUAAGAAAGUAGAAAAGAUUCAGCCAGGAUCUAUGAUGCCUUCCCACUCUGCUGCUUCUUCCUUUCCCAGCUGACCUGAGCCUUGCCAUAAUCAUAAGCAUCUGGAUGCUUCUCCAUAAACCUUCGGAACUCAUUCCGUGUUGAUCUGUCAGCUGCGACGGCAUAUGGUGGCCGGGUCCGGGAGUCCCUAGGUGUGAAAACCCCCCAGACGGGUUCAGCUUGCCUCGUGCAUCUCCAAACACCCCAUAACAAGACCAAGGAGAAUACUGUCAAGUAGCCACUGCCAACAUUAGCCCUCAGAUCAUCCUCUCUAUAUGAAGGGCUGAGCGUGGGGACCCGUACUUACUGAACGGUGGGGUCAGCACCUGCCUCCAGCAGCAGGCGAACCACUGAACCUCUCCCAGCUGCGGCUGCUGCAUGCAGGAGGGUGAAGCCACCGGAGCCCAAGGGGGCACUGAGCAGAGACAGAACUUCGGGGUCUAUGGGGCUGGCAGCUAGCCAGGUUUGCAGCAUCCCAACAUCUCCAGCUCGGCAAGCAGCGAGAAGCAUGUCCCAGAGCUCUGAAUGACCGGGGACCUUGUCCUCCUCCAGGGAAGGCUCCGAAGGGGCUGCCUGUGCCCUAGCUGGCUGUGAGAAGACCUCUUCUCGAGGUUGCUGGGGGAGGGUCACGUGUGCUCCAGUCUCCAGGUCUCGGCUUUUCUCCCUCUUAUUCCUUUUUCUCCUCCUCCGCUUGGGCAGUAUUUCACACUCACGAAGAUCCAGGGUCCCAAUUGUCGACUCUACUAGCUCCAACUCUACCUGGAAGGCAUCUUCUCCCUCUGAGCCUGAACCUAGGAAAAAACUUGACAUGUUACAU